UGCACCCCACAGAUGUCUGCAGCCCCCUGCUCAGACCCGUGGGAGCUGAGGGCUGGGCCUCUACACCCCAUGGACUCCUGCAGCUCCCUGCCCGGACCCCUGGGAGCCCAGGGAUGGGCCCCCACACCUGGCAGAGUUCUGCAGCUCCCCCACCAGCAGCUCCGUGGGUCACACUGGCUCCCUUUGAGCUCCACAGCCUCCAGCCCACCUGGAGCAGGGCAGGGCGUGGAGCUCCCAUUCCUGGUGCUGGAAGCCCCCCACCCUGACAGUGGGGUCUGCACCACCCGCACCACUUGCCUUAUCCCGGGAGGAGUUUGCCACCUCCGGCUUCCAUCUGUGCAGAAGGACUUGGCCACCCUGGCCUCACCCCGUGGUGGGACAGACGGACGGUCUGGGCCCCCCGCUCCCCACACCCUGGUCUGUCAGCUCCCUGGGUCUGGACAUGCCCGUGCAGCCCCCCGCCAUGGGCUCGGGGUGCCCCCCAUGCUGAUGGAUUCCGCCUGACUCCCCCCGGGAGUCACCUCCCACAGACUGAGCCUCGGCGUGACCCACAGGACCCUCGUGGGGUGCAGAGGGGCUGAAUCCCCCCUUCUUCUGGCAAAUCUCUGCACCCCCUCCCCAGUGACCCCCCCCUGAGUGGGGGUUCCCCCCUCCAGGACCAUCCAGCCCGACUCCAGCCUCUGAUGAUGAUGAUGGAGGGGAUGAAGGGUGUGGUGGGGGGUAACAACUGUGACCUUGACCCUGAACUCGACCUUGCCCCCCACCCCCCCGCUACCCGCGAUGCUGCAGCCCCUCACCCCACUUUUGGGGGACAGGCUUCUGCGGGCUCCCCCUCUCCGUUGCUAUCGGGAGGAGUCGGACAGCCGGUACCGGCGGGAUUGGCUGCGGUUCCGUGACGCGGAGGGGUGGAACCGCAUUACCACCGGGAUGAGCGCGGCCGAGGGCCGGCCCCGGUGCCGGUGGGGCGGCGGGGGCGGCGGCGAGGCGGUGCUCCGUGCCCGUGCUGAGGCCGCCGGUUACCGGAGGCUGCUGCGAGCCCGAGCCGCCGAGGUGGAGGCGUUGCGGGGGGCGGUGGGCGCGUUACACCGGCAGCUGGAGGGGCUGCGGGACCGGCGGAGCGGGGAGCUGGCCAAGUACCAGGAGCGGGUGGCGGAGCUGGAGCGGGAGAUCGGGGCGGCGGAGGCGGAGAUGGCCCGGUGCCUGCGGGAGUACCCGGCACUGCUGCGGCUGCGGAUGGCGCUGGAGGCGGAGAUCGCCGCGUACCGGGAGAUGCUGGAGAGCGAGGAGCUCCGCCUGGGCGGCUUGGCCCCGCCGUGAGCGGACCCCGGGAGCUCCGCUCCCACCACCGGAGCCCGGCCCUGCCGUUACCACCGGACCCACGGUCCCGGGACCGGAUCCUCAGCCCCACCACCGGACCCCGGUUCCUCCGCCGGACCCCAGACCCCCGAGUCCCGCACGCCGGGCCACGGUUCCCCGGGACCCUCUGGAUCUCUCUGGACUCACGGAGCCCCGGUCCUUCUGUCCCCCCGUUCCACGGGUCCCCCGGAGUUGUGCGUGCCCGCCUGGCCCGGGACCCCCGGGAGGGCAGCGCCCGUGGGGCACACACUCACCAGCCUCUCCGGGGUGGGGGUCCCGGCCCAGACCCGUGUGGA